GCGCGGGCGGUGCGGGGCGGGGAGGCAGCUGUUUGCGGGGCAGCGGUCGGUCGGUCAGUCAGAGGGAGAGGGUAGAGAGACGCCACGCACUGCCCCAGGCCCCCGGCGGGGGAAGGGGAAGAUGUUCGCCUGCGUGCGCUACCUGCAGGGCCAGGUGCACCACAUCCUCCCCGCGGCCCACAUCAAGAACUUCCACCCCGCCUCCAAGGCCGACUUCAACAGGAGGCAGGUGUACCGGCUGCCGCCGCCGCUCGGCGGCCCGGGCCCGGGCCCGGGGGUCCCGGGGGAGUCGGACGGCGUGCCGGGCAGCGCCGUGGCCAAGCCCGGCCCCUGCCGCAAGGCCCAGAUCCUGGCCCUGGGAGACAGCAGGGAAGAGCUGGAGAAAUUCUUGAAAUUGAAAAGAUACAAAAUAAUUGACAAUUUUAUCGAAGAGUCUGAAUCUGACGAUGGUGAUCAUACUGAGGAUGAACCACAUCAAUUCUUCGGCAUCCAGGAGCAAGAUGUAAUGUGCUUUGAAGAUAGUAGUGACGAUGAUGACCACACGCUGAGGAUCUUUGAUGAACUCAAAAAUAAAUAUUCUUGUGUCAAGGCCAACAAUAAAAGGUUGAUUCAGGAACUUAAAAAAGUCAAGACAAAACUCCACUUUGCUGAAGAAAGACAAAAAGAAUAUGAACAUAUGGCUUCUGAGCUACAAAGACUGAGGGACCUCAACAUGGAUCUUCAAAAUGCACUACUUUUGAAGUUAUUUAGAUUGCCAGAACAGUAUCAUGGAUCGAAUCCUGAAGAAGAGCUGAUUGAGCAUGCGGCAACAGAUAGGCUGAUUUCCAGUACUCCAGUAACAUCCAUUCUUCAAGACCAUUUUAACAUGCAACAGAGAGCAUACGGCUGCAAGAAAAGUCCACAUGUUUUACCGACUCCCAGUACCUCCAAUCAUCUGGAGAGCCAACUUGAAAACGGGAACAUCAUGGUGCCAUGUUCGUGGGGUUCAACCCAAGCCAUUGCUGUAGCUCAGCCUAAUGUUUACGCUGUACAAGAUGGAAAGGUCCACAUUGGAGCUAAUAUAUGGAUUGACGAGGACAAAUGGGAGACUGUGAAACGUCAGCCAAGUGAUUCAAGAUUUACAAAGUGUUUGGCAGUAGCUGUCUGGGGAGUGGAAACGCUAAAAGACAGGAGUGUCACUGGAAUUGCAUGCAAUUCAACAAAGUCAUCACCUAAACCACCUCUUUCCCCUUAUAAAGUGCAAGUUAUUAAAGAACAAUUGUUGAAUAGAAUAAGACAAGAUGCCAAAGAUGAUAAUGAAAUUCAUAAGCGACUAAAUAAAGUGAAUCGAUAUAUAGGGGAGAAAAUAAUGGACAUUAAUAAACAAUGGCGAAAAGCCAAAGCAGACUUAUCAAAAUUUAGGAACUGUGAGUGUGAGAUGGGGCUAAAAUGUGAAACUCAUGCUGAUUGUGAAAGAUCUGAGGUACCUAUCAAGGAAGAGAUUGAAACAUUUAUCUACGAGUAAUCUGCACGAGAGUUCAUGUUGUGUGAUCAGAAAGUUGUGUUUAUGAAAACACUGGCUAUAAUUGAUGUAUAUUACUACUGCUUGUUAUUCAUAUCAUUUCUGUUAAUGAUAGAAUGAGCCAACUGAAAAUGUUUUUCUAUUACUUAUAUAUAACUGUCAGUUUUAAACAGUAAAACUCCUGUUACUCGUAUCUUUUGGGACCAUAACAUUUAAAAUGCCUUACUCAAAGUCUGAUUUGCAGGCAAAUUGUGAAAGUCCUAGAAAAUCCAAUUUAAUCAAAAUAUCUACACUGCGCGUGCAUAAUUUAAUGUAGCCAGUAUGUGAUAACUCGUCCUUGCGAUCUUGCACAUGACGUGACGGGUUAAGACUACAUUUCCCAGAUUUCCGUACGUCUUCACCAGUCCCUGCAUGUGCACUUACAGACGAGCGUUGGAAUUGUGUUGAAUCACAGGAAAUGAAGUUCUUCUGCACGUGCAUUGAGGAUCAAGACGUAAGUUUCCUGUGAUUCAUUGCAGCCGACCAGUAAGCACGCAUGCGUCGACAGGCUAGGCGUAAUUUCCUGCAAUUCAAAACCUCCGGUAAGUGCAGGAAUGUAAGGGAGUGAGGUUAGGAAUUAAAAGGUGAGUAGCACAAAUCGUGCAAAGACAUCUUAAGUGGUUUUGAUAGGAAACUGAAUGGGACUCGAGUGAAUACACACCUUGGGCGUUUAUCCGAUUUAUAAAGAUAAGACUUAUGCAAGUUUUACUAUACCAUCAGUAAUGUUAAAUGAGGGGAAUUUUUUUUAAAAAUUCUUAUGAUUUUAAAUAUUGUAGCUGAGUGGUCAGCACUAAUUUUAAAUGAUGUGUUACAUCAAGAUGUCCCAUUCCCCCCCACCAAAAAAAAUCUACAAUAAUCAUUCCCCUCCUUUACUGCAACUCCUAUCCGUCUUUUUAAAAAAAAAUGUUCAGGAAAUUUAUUUGAGAGGUGUGGGAGUAUGAGAAAUCAUUAAGUUUUUAUCUUUAAUGGUUUUGUUACAAAAUCUCUUAAAAAUUUCUAAAUGUCUUAUGUGCGUGGUAUACUUGAUCUAUUUUUAGCCUACAUUCCUGUCAUUUUGCUAUGUGACUGCCUGCUUUUCUUCUGUCAAACAAGUGUCUUGCACUUGCAUAUCUUCUCUUGACCCAGUGUUUAUGUAUUGGCAGUAACUGCCACAACAUGAAAACUGUUAUUACUGAACACAACUGUGAUGAUCUCACCACAUUAAUCUAUCAAGGUGCCAUGUUUUGACAACAAUCAAAUCAGCUUCUCUAAAACUUGACCCUCUGAGAAUAAAGAGUUCACAAGAAA